GCUAACUUCCAGCAAUUGUAAUUUCUUGGCAUGCGCCGGUAUUCUCCUACUUACGGUCCUCCAUGGCUCUGACGUGCGGGCACGGCAACAUAGCCGCACAGAAUCCCACUUUGCGACCAUACUUCCAGUCAGCGCAAAUGUUUACGAAGCUUUCUGCGGGACCUUGCGCCCUUGCACGACGCACUUUAGCGUCUGCAACAUCCACCAAAUGGCUGGGCUCAUGGAGCAUCAGCAGCCUCCGUGGCCCUAGAGGUUCUCUGGUUAGCAGCAAUUCAGCUACCACCCAGCGUUCUAGUGUGCAGAGUAGGUCGACGACGACGGCAUCAGCUGCUACGGAUGGCGACAUGGCAUCGAGCCCAGGAGCUCGGCUUGAGUCCCUACCUUGGGACCACACCUUCGUUCGCGAACUGCCAGCAGACCCCGACACACGCAACACCGUACGGCAGGUGGAGGGCGCCCUGUUCUCCCGGGUGUCCCCCACCCCGCCCACGGGGGUGCCGUACCUCAUUGCGUACUCGGAGAAGGUCGCCCGCCUGAUCGGCUUAAACCCCUCCGAGUGCCUCCGACCCGAGUUCCCCCUCCUCAUGUCUGGGGCCGCACCGCUGCCCGGUUCCCUGCCGUACGCGGCUUGCUACGGGGGACACCAGUUCGGGUCGUGGGCGGGUCAGCUGGGGGAUGGACGAGCAAUAACCCUGGGGGAGCUCCUCAACCGUCACAACCCACCCGAC